AAAAAUGCAUCCGAUGUGGAUUCGCAAACGCGGCAAAAAAAUUGAGUAGUUUCUUGGCAAUCCUGUACAGGGAGGGUACCGCAACCCGCAACGCCACAACUGACAGCUGUCAGAAACAAGAAACACUUUUACAAUGGCGUGCCUUUAAAAGUUUUUGUUGUGCGUUUCUAGGAUGUGAUAUAUGAUCGUGUUGUAAGUCUGUUAAAACCCCUCUUCAUUAUUCAUUAAUACUUUAUAGUGAAAAAGAACUAAAUUAGAGUUAUUGGAUUGUUUAGUUUACAUUGUGACACCUUGAACAUGUUUCGUUAUGACUACAACCAACCGGGUCCUAGCAAUGAUACCGGCUACACUAAUGAUCCUCUCAAUAUUUACGAUUAUCCACCCCCCAGAAGUUCAGGAAUUUUAACAGGUGAAAAUUAUCGGCAAACUCACAGCAGAGGGGCUCGACAAGGUUUCAACAGUUUCCAUCAAAAUCAAUCAAAUUUGGUGGGCUUUCAAUCAUGGGUACCUCCUCCUGUUCGGUCAUAUCCGACCGAUUCGAGAAAGCCACAUCCACAUCAGUAUCUUCACCAAAAGCAACUGAAGGACAAACGACGGGAUUUCAACAACUUCAGGGACAAAAAUUCCAAAGAAAAUCAAAAUAUCUCACACUAUUCCCAAUUUUCCACAGAUCUAGUACCUUCAAACGAGCUGAAAAAGCAACAAUCUCAGCAAUACCAGCAUAAGAAAAAGCAAAAUUUUAGCCACAAUAAAGACAAUGAUAAUACAUUUAUCCCCAAUCAAUUGCAGAAUAAGAAAAAUAAAGGUAGCCAACAAGAUGAUAAAGUAGAUGAUAAACGUACAUCUACUAUACUUUCCAAAGAAAUUGAUUAUAGACUUUAUAAAUGCCCGAAUUGUACUCUGCAGUUUGAUUUUUUCAGCAGGUACAAUUCCUAUGUUGGAAGGGUACCACUUAUCUUAAAUUGCAAACAUACACUGUGUCAAGACUGCAUAUUUAAACUGGGAAAAGACUGUUCAGUACUUUGUCCAGUUUGCAAAAAUCCAUCAGUUUUGCCAUCCAAAUACGUUUCGGACGAUUUGCAAGACAUUUUUUCACCAAAUUUCUUUUUGAUUGGGUUUAUAACGUGGUGCAAAGCACAAGGAAAUAAUCCCAACUUUAUGACAUUGGUUCCUGUCCAGAAUCCCCUUAGUAAAAAGAAACCCAGCCAAGUUUUGAGUCCAUUGAGUUCGCAACAAUCUGCUACAGAAAUUUGUUGCUUUCUCUCAUGCAACAAACCCGCGACGCUGCAUUGCCAGGACUGCAGCGACGUAUAUUGCUCGGAUUGUUCCAAGAACGUCCACAAAAGCGCUAAAUCUUUAUGGUCUCACAAACAAUCUCCUCUCAAUGUCUCUACAAAGGGGACCUUGGAAUUGGAAAAAUGUUCUGAGCAUAAUAUGGAUCUCGAAUUUUAUUGCACCACUUGCAAGACUACUGCUUGCUGCUAUUGUUUGGUUGAAAAACAUGAAAGCCAUGCAAGGGAAAAUUUAGUUAAAUUAACUGAAGAAGAAAUGAAAGAGUUGCAAACUAACAAAAUAAAUGCAAAGAAAAUUUUGAAGCAGCUCCUGAUAUCUCAAAGACGACUACGCGACUUGUAUAGCUGCAGUACAUCCAACAUAGAGAAAAAAAUCUCUAGUUUUUUCGUAAAUUAUCACGCCAAGUUGCAGUUCAUCGAAAAAAAUUUAAAAAAAGAGUUAGCUAACUAUUCGUCAGGAGGAAUUGCUAUAGAGGAUGUCAAUGAAUUGAAUAACAAGCUCUUAACCUAUAUCGAAGAUUUGACCAAUGUAGUGGCUUACUCUGAAACCAUGGAAAUAAAAAAAUUAAAUCUGCAAGAGCUGUUUAAGAGAUUGAAAAAGGUCCAGGAUGUGCCUUCUUAUUUGAUUUCUAAUUCUGGAAAAGGAUUGGAACCAUUAGAAUUUGACGUUGACAAAAUCGCCAAUGACAUAGAAGAGUUCUUUAAAAUCACCAAGUCAGACAGUUGUAAUUUUAUACUUGUCACUGAAGAUGAUUUACCGCUAGAUUUCGAAAAAGAUUUACUCGAACAGUACGAGAGCGAUGUUGAAAGUACCAUCAGCUCCAUAGGUAAAGUCGCGCCUGAAGAGGAAAAACCUAAGAAGAAACAUCAAAAACGAGCCAUAGUAAAUCAAGUUCCUUUGGAUAAUGAAAUGGUAGAAAUUACUCAUAUAGAAAGUUUGGAAUGUUUUUAUGUGAGGCUAAAAAAAAUUCAAUAUCAAUUCUCACAAAUGAACAGAGAUAUCAAUGAUUACAUUAAAAUGGGAGCUCCUACUGUAGAACAUCCGGAACUAAGUACGUAUGUUAUCGUCGAUUAUAAAGAUCAUAUAAGAGGAAAUUUGCACAGAGGUCUCAUCAAAAGAGUCGAUUUUGAAAAAUGCCACGUUUUACUGGUCGACUGGGGUUUAAACAUUGUCGUUCCUUGGUCCAGCAUCAGAGCAAUUCAAGAAGAAUUUAUCAGACUUGAAAGCCAGGCGAUUUUAGUGAAACUCGCGCACGUGGAACCCAUCGAUAAAGGCACUUGGUUGGAAUCGGCGAGUACAUUCUUGCAAAAGUAUUACCGAACUCAAGACGUGAUGAGAAUGAUCGUAUAUGAUACGGAUCCGUUAGAGGUCGGUUUAUUUGAAAUUGUCGGCGAUGUCGAUAUUAGCGUAAACGCGUUGUUGGUGGAAGAAAAUUAUGCAGAGUCUACUGGAAAGAUUUCCCAAACUAUACAAUGGCCAAGAGGCGAUGCAGAAAUUGAAAAUUUCACGGACGACGACGGCCUAGUAGCCAGUCUUUUAAAACAAGUCGAAUAUCUAGAAGACGAUUCUGAAGAUGAAGAAACCAAAGUACUUCUCGUUAAACAAAAAAUCGAAAUAGUCAAAUUCGUCUCGCCCGAUUUGAUUUACAUAAAAUUAGAGUUAAACGAACCAACCGAAAUGACUUUAUACAAAGAAUUACAAAUUCAGUACUCGAAAGAAAGGACAACCAAAACCCAUUGGGAAAAUGAAGAGCAAUGCGUAGUGUUGUAUAAUUUGAGCUACUCCAGGGCUAAAAUUGUGGAAAAAGUUGAAGAGCGUAAAUACAAAGUCAACGUGGUCGAUAGAGCCGUGAUUACCGUUUUACCAAUGUUUGACAAAUAUAAAGAUAUAUAUGGCACAAAGGUUGCAGGCGACACCAAGGAUAAAUCGAUGCCCAUGCACAUGUGGUACACACAAGUGAAAAUGGGAGGUGCUUUGGAGGCGUCGCAAACUAAAUUUAUAUCUUUGAAUAAUUUGCUGGUCAAGUUGGGUUUCGCUUACAAAAUGACAUAUAAUAAACCCGAAAGCGUCAGUAGCAACAAAAGUUCCAGAAAAUCAACUGAUUCCCAUUCGGAAUCCCCAUUCAUUUCUGCCAUUGAAAAGACAGCCAUAAAUGCUUCUUCCAGUACGAUCUCCGAUCACGCGACUGAUCAGGACUCCAUUCCCGACAUCAAAGACGAAACUACCGAUCCAAAAACUAAGGAACCUUCAACGUCUGGACUGAAAGAAGAUGAAGCAUCCGUAACGUCUUCUAAAAUGUCAGGGAAGAGCAACAAGUCCAUUGAUUGGAACGUACUAAUGGAAGAAGAGGAGAAGGACAGGAAAAAGAAGAAAAAGAAAAAUAAAAAUGACAACGAUUCUCCGUAUAGGACUCAAGCGGCGGAAAUUACGGAUUGGAUACCCGCGUUUCCUAUUGAAGAGAGGGAAUUUAAGGCGUGGAUAACGUGCGCCGAGACUGGCGGGAUCAUUUACUUGAGGGAGGAGAAGCUCCAGACCGUCUACAAGCAAAUGGAAGAAAAUAUUAAGCUAUAUUUCGACAAAAAACCAAAAACCGAGGUCAAACAUAAUUGGGAACCGGGCCAUCUUUGCACAAUACAAUACAACGAUUACUAUUAUAGAGGAAAAGUUUACAAAGUAAACGGACCUGACGAUAUUACAGCGGUUAUGAUUGAUUUCGGUAGCGACCACGUAUUAUCCGAAAAAUCGUUAAAUCGCGAAAUUCUGUAUCCCAAAAUCCCCGCAUUCGCGUCCAAAAUCCAAUUAGAAAGAGUGUACGCCAAAUCGGGCGCUUGGAUGGAUUCCGAUUAUGAAGCUCUUUUGGAAACGCUUUCAGAGUAUAGUAAAAUCAUUAUCAAGGGUCCCUUGGACGUUGAUAUCCCAUCGGCGGAAGUUUUCAACGACAAAGGUAUAAAUGUGAACGAAACGAUAUGUAAGUUGUGUCCCAAUUUGGUCAGGAAUCUACAAGACUUGGACAAUGAGUUAGAUGAUGCUGUUGUUAUUGAGGAAAUUGAUGAUGCCGCUGUCAUCAUUGAGGAGACAACUGAAGCUGUCAAGGAAGACUCUCCUCCAGUAGACACCACCAAAUACAAAUACAAACUUUUACAUCUACCCGAUAAAAUCGCCGACGAAAAAAUAGAAGUAUCGAUAAUGUUCAUCGUGGCUUACAACAAAAUCGCUAUAAAAGAAACGAAAACCAUCACAGACGAAUUCUUCCUGCUAGGCGACCGAAUUCAAGAGGACAUCCACAAGCAACCCGUUAUCGAAAAAGUGGAAGUCGGCAUGCCCUGCGUGUGCCCGUUCGCCGAGGAUGGUCGUUGGUACCGCGCCCAAAUUUACGACACGAACGGAAUGGAAGACUGCGAAUUCGUGUUCGUCUUCUUCGUCGAUUUCGGCAACGUCGAAUCCGUAGCCGUGGGUGAUAUCAAAAUGAUGCGCCCCGAGUGGUUCGAGUUACCGGUGUCCUGUCACAUCGCCGAGUUGAAUAUCUCGAUAAAUACCGAUAAGAAUAUUCAGCACGUUACUCAGCACAUGAAGAAAUUGUACGGGAAGAAUAAACUUGCUGAAGUGUUGUCUAAAGAUCCGUUACGGGUUAGUUUGCAUGAACUGGACGGAGAGCUGUGUUACCAGUCCCUUUUACAAAAGGGAUUGAUUAAAGUUAUCGUUUAAAUUUAGGGUUUAUUAUUAUUAAUAAUAGUAGUCGUUUUGAUGCUUCAAAAAAUCUCAAAGUUGUAUUGGUCAUUUUAGAUAUAUUCAUAUUAAUUAUUUUUGUUUUUACGAAUUUAUUACACCAGCGGGUUUAGUUUCACUCCCGACAUCAUUAUUAAUAAUAGUAAUCGUUUUGAUGUUUGAACAAAUUCACCAAGUUAUAUUGGUCGUUCAAGAAAUAUAUUAAUUAUUCUUUUUUUUACGAAUUUAUUAUUUCGUUUGUUUUAGUUUACGUUUGAUUUGUUUUCUCUUAUUGUUACAUUGUUUAUUUUGUCUAUUAGAUGAUGUAAAUCGGUA